UCGAUCGUGGUUCUUCAUAUAUGGUGUAACGAACGAGGAACGUUUUCCUAAAUGUGUGGUGGACUCGAAAGUUAGAAUUGACAGAUCCAAGGGCGUAGAUCUGAAAAAAGAGAAAGAGAGAGAGUGCGAGAAAAGCGCGCGUGUAUUAAUCGGUCAGAUCGGGAUGAGUAACAUUGAUGUAUGAAACAAAGAUAACAAGUAGUGUAGGCGGUAGUUUGGUAUUAAUAGUAGUAGUAGACAGUAGAAGAGUGGUAGGUGGUGUUGAUAGUGGUAGUGGUGUUUAAUCAAAGGAAACGAAUAAGCAUAUAAUACUUAGGUUUUGCCAGAGUGUCGCGUUGGAAUGGUGAAACGAUGUUUAGUGGUGUAAUGAUGUUGGUGUUGGAGGUAGUAGUGGAGGUGGUAAUGGAGUUACAGUAUCAGCAUUAGUAGUAGUAACAGUGGUGGCAGCUAAGAUAAGCGCGGGGGACUGAGUGUGGUUUGCCGUUUGUGAUUUUCGCUUCCCGCGAAACAGUUUUCUCGUGGCACACGUUCGCUUCGGGUUUAUUUGCUCGGAUGAUAGUAAUGCAACGUGUUCCUACGAAUUGAAUUAUUUGGUGAAAGAGGAAGAGAAGAGAAGAGAGAGGAGUUAACAAAAUCAAUUGAAAGAGAAGGAAAGAUGUUGAAGGAAUAUUCACCAAUUGUACAGGCCCUUUUAGGGACACUCUUCACGUGGGCCCUUACGGCAGCGGGUGCCGCGCUUGUCGUAGUUAUACGCGGGAAACAGCGAAAACUAUUGGACAUCAGUCUUGGAUUUGCCGGUGGCGUGAUGGUAGCAGCAAGCUAUUGGUCCUUGUUGGCGCCAGCUAUUGAAAUGGCUACGGAGAGCAAAAUUUAUGGAGCCGAAGGGGAAUACGCGUUCGUACCGGUCGGAGUUGGGUUUCUCAUAGGCGCGGCAUUCGUAUACGGAACGGACGUGUUGAUAUCUUCCCUUGGCAUUCAGUCCCCCAAUGUGCUUUUAGCUAUGCAGUCAGUCGGUACGAAACAAAGAGGCAAGGUCCUUGCAAAACUAAAGAGUGACGAGGACUUAGACGAUAUCGAUACGUUUAACGACGUACAGAUUUCCGGUGGAAUGAUGUACACUCAUGUCGAUUCGACUACUAUCGAUGGAUUUUACGAACAAAAUGCAAGAAGAAGACAAGUUGCCAAUAUACAUAGGCCAUCGGAAUUGGCCGAGAUGAGUACAGUUUAUGAAGAUCCUAGUAACGAAAUUAAGAAUAAUCAAUGGAGGAGAAUAUUGCUCUUGGUUGUAGCCAUUACAGUGCACAAUAUUCCCGAAGGCCUUGCCGUUGGUGUUGGUUUCGGUGCGAUAGGAAGCAGUGCAUCAGCUACUUUUGAGAAUGCAAGGAACCUGGCAAUCGGAAUUGGCAUUCAGAAUUUUCCCGAGGGCUUGGCAGUUUCAUUGCCCUUACAGGCAGCAGGGAUCAGCACUUUGAAGAGCUUCUGGUACGGGCAGCUUUCUGGUAUGGUUGAACCAAUCGCUGGUGUCCUUGGUGCUGCGGGGGUGACGUUAGCAGCACCUGCUUUACCUUAUGCAUUGGCUUUCGCAGCAGGAGCCAUGAUUUAUGUUGUCAUUGAUGAUAUCAUACCGGAAGCUCACGAAAGCGGAAACGGUAAAUUCGCCAGCUGGGCUGCCAUCGUGGGUUUCUUGGUGAUGAUGUCUCUCGACGUGGGAUUAGGUUAGGAAAUUGUGUAACAACGUUUUUCGUAAAUGCACACGUUUAAUUCAUUUAACGAUAUACAUAUACAUAUAAAUAA